AUGUUCUUAUUUAUAAAUAGAAGAUUAUGGAGAUUUGCUACUCAAAAGUAUUCAUGAUAGUUUAUCAAGAAUAUAUAAGGAUUCCACUAAAUUAUCUUAAGAAGAAAUAUCGAAAAUACUAUUUAAAGAUGAGGAGCCUUUUACAAACAAUGUUAAUUAGAAUCUAGAUAAUCAAGUUACUAUUGACACUUUGUAUGAAAAAUCCAAUAUCAAUGAACUAUUGGAUAUUAUACAAAAAAAGGCCUAAUAAGAAAUUACUCCGAAAGAAGAACCGAAACCACCUACGAGAUAAGAUUUACCAUAAAAAUAUGGUUUACCUAUAAAAAAUGUGGGUUUAGAUCUCACAGUUGAGAAAGUGGAGUAAUGAAUUUAAGUCAAUAUUAAUUUGCAGACCUCCUAAGACAGUGACAAUGAAGAUGUUUGAAAUUCUUAAAUUAAAUGAACAUACUUCUUAUUAAGAAUAUGAAAAUGCUAUUUAACAAUUUAAAGAAGGCUUGUAUGGAAAUGCAGUCAGACCUUUUUAUGAAGUUAGAAAUGAAAUGAAAGAAACAUUAAAAGAGGAUGCUAUACCCUAUGCUUUACUGAAUAAUAAUAAAUAUAUGGAAGAAAUAAGAGAGAAUAGGGCACUUAAUAUAUCUAUACCUGGUACAAUAGAAACUGAGCAUGCACAUAGAUUCUUGAAACUUAGACCUGUAGAAGAAUUUAGACAUACUCCUUUAAUCCCUAUAUCUGAUAGAUAAAUGAGAGAAUAUUAAGAAAAGGUAGAAGCUUAUCAUAGAAAAGGAGUCUAUUNAUAAUAAAGUUCUCAAUCCUUAUUUGAUUUGAAUAUUUAGAGAAUUUUCAAUCAAUUAGAUAAUGAUAAGGAUGGAUUUAUCAGCAAAGAUAAUCUAAGUCUAAAUGAAUUGGAUUUUGAGACUAUGAAAAUUAUUGAAGUGGUUUUAAAUUAAAUUGAAGAAGACUCAUAUACAGAGAUUAAUUUAAAAGGAUUCAAGAAACUUUGUGAAAUGCAUCAUUUGCAUUAAUAAUUAAAUAGUUUAUGAAU